UAAUUCCAGGUUCCUUGGGGCUGCUUAUGGAACAGCACCUGAGCCGGUGGAGAUCCCAUGCAAGGGCAUUCCCAACAUCUCGGGCAAACAGGUGCGAUUUUGCCUCAAAAACCAAGAUAAGAUGCCCACGGUCGCUGAGGGCGCCCAUCACGGUAUUCAAGAGUGCCAGCACCAGUUCAGAGGGAGAAGGUGGAACUGCACGACGAUUGACGGCGACCAGUCUGUAUUUGGCCGCGUUUUGGACAGGGCAUCUAGGGAGACAGCCUUCGUCAACGCCAUCCUUGCCGCCGGCGUGACUCACUCGGUCACGCGGGCAUGUUCACGAGGGGACUUCUUGGAAUGCGGUUGUGACCGCACCCACCGCGGUCCACCGGGCGGUAGAAACGGCAUUGUCCCGAACGCUACCUGGAGAUGGGGCGGUUGCAGCGAAGAAGUGUGGUACUCCAUGGAACUUACUAAGGAUUUCUUGAAACCAACCUCAACCAAGAGAGCGAGGACAAAGAUGGAUCGACAUAAUACAGAUGCUGGACGAAAUGCCGUCCUUCAUAACAUGGAAUUGCGAUGCAAAUGCCACGGUGUCUCUGGGAGCUGUGAGCUCAAGACAUGCUGGUGGGAGAUGGCGCCCUUCAGGAAACUCGGAGACGCCCUCAAGACAAAGUACGACAUGGCUGCAGAGAUGUCCGUCGAACGACAGCGGAAAGGGCGAACCUUCGUCGAAGAGCUGGAGCCUCGCUACGACGAUUUUAAGGAACCUACGUCCAAUGACCUCAUCUACUACGACCAGUCUCCCGAUUACUGCAAUUUCGACCCUGAGGUAGGAUCGUUUGGAACGCAAGGAAGGGAGUGUAACCGGACCUCUCACGGCAUUGACGGUUGCGAACUGCUCUGCUGCGGCCGUGGUCACAAUACGAUGACGGUGGUUAGGAGAGAACGGUGUGACUGCGUCUUCGUCUGGUGUUGCAAAGUGGUUUGCAAAGAGUGUGUUCGGGUUAUUGACGUCCACACUUGUAAAUAGCAAGAAAAAUAAACAAACAAACAAGACACGUGAUAUAAACUGUGUUAGGAUAUAAAGACAGUGACGAUCCAGAAGUAAGAAUUCAAUUUUGAUAGUUUGGAGCUUACAGCGGACUUUUCAUGAUCAUCCACCGAACCGUAAUUCGAGCGUUCAAACGCUCGCGGUAUUCGAACUAUCCCGCCAAUUUAUGAUUAUAUUUCAAGACAUAUGGCAAAUUUGUCUUAGUAUGAAGCCUCUAUUGUUAGAGUUAUUCUGUAUAUGAUGAAUUGAUUAAGGAAACCUGAAUAUCUAUAAAAAAAAAAUCAUGUUGUGCCAUAGUUUUUAAUUAUUAUUAAUUUCAUCUUUAGCUCAAAAUAUAGCACUCAUUGUCAUGGAUUUUAUUGCCUAUACAACAAAUAGGAAACAGGGACCACAUUCUAAUCUCUAUUUUCUUAAAAUGAUUGAAAAAGGGUAUUAAUCGACAUUUGUUUUCAUCAUAAUUGUACGCGGUGUUGGAACGGACUGGGCAACGGAAAACGAACAACGGAAAUAAACUAUUUCCGUGAUGGGAACUCUGCAUAUUGAUGCUUGUUGCCGCAAGAUGGCGCUACUGGACAUUUGUAAAUAAGUGGCUUGAUUUACUGCAGCUAUGACGAUAUUAUACUGAAGAAGACUGUAUCAAUCAAUCUACGCAAUUUUAGGCUAGUGUCAUCAUCUCUAUAAAAAAGGAGGGGGCGCUUGUUCGACAAAAACUACCAACAUUUUCUGAAAAGGGACAUCUGAAAUCCAUCACCUGGUUCAAUACAUAGCUAUAUUGUUCAGUUGUUGCCAUGAUGACCAGGUAUACACUGAAAAAUGCUGAAAAAAGCACGUUGUUUAAGCCCGUCACUCUAACAACUAUUGUUUAGAUUCUUUAAACAACUUUAUAAACUUUUUAAACAAGUUGUUUAAAAAGUUUAAACAAUUACAAAAAGUUAAAGCAACUCGUUGUUAGAGUGACGAGCUUAAACAAUGUGCUACUUUUUCCUUUGCAUGUAUGCCUACGUGAAAACAAUUUGCAUAAUUGCAUACAAGAGGUAAAACAUUAUUCUUAAUUUGUAAUUGAUAAAACGACUGCUUCACUUUUCUAUUGUUUCGUUGAUGUGAUCGAUUAACAUAUUCAUUGGCAAAAUGGUUUGCCACAUUUGUUAAACCUAUUUUUCAAUAGUAUUUAUUUAUAUUUGGUGAAAAGGAUAAAACUUGUAUCAAUUACUUCAGUUUCUUCCUCUUUUUUUCCUUUUUAUGUCAGUAUUAUUAUCAUUUCAUUAAUGAAACCUUUAUAGAACAGUCAACAUUGCAGUCUUACUGAUAGAGAGUUUUAUUUCAAAGAAAAGGAUCGGCCAAUAGGGCGCUAUUGUCACAUUUAGGGUGCCGAUUUUUCUUAUGUAUACCACUACAAUCAUUUUAUUGGAAUUGUGUUCUUUAUUUCUAUGCAAAUUACAGUGCAUACAAAUUCUGCCUUAUUAUCUAGUAAUAUUGUUUAGAUAUGCCUUUAUCUAACAAGACGAAAAAAUACAUUUAUCUGCACAAAAUAAGCAAUUAUCAUUGUAUAUAAUGGUAAAUUCGGUGCUCUUUACUGUAAUAAGAUAAGAUUAUUUUUAUAUUUGCAUAAAAUUUCUAGGCAUUAGAUUUAAAGGCCUUUGAGGUACAACAUCUGUGUCAUAAUUAUGAUAGAAACUUUACAAACAAUAAUGUUCAUGACGUGUAUUUGUUGUAUUUCCAAAAAAAUGUGUUGAUUAAGGGUUGAGUCCUAUUAUUCGGCUCGUAAAAGAUUCUAUAAUUGUAGGUUGAGGGGAAAUAAAUUGACAUUAAUUGUCCCUUUAUAUUUAUGAGAACUCUUAACCUUGCAUAGAAAGUACUUAAUAGAGCAAAAUGACCUUUAGCCUUAUACAAUAAACGUAUAACCAUUAGAAAAAGUUCAAUAAAUAUUUUGAAUGAAUUAUUUUUCUUAGGAUUACUUGCCCCUCGAUAAUUUCUGAAAAUUAAUAUCCAUUCAUCAUCGUAAUCAUCAUCAUCAUCGUCAACAUCAUCAUUAUCAUCAUCAAUAUCAUCACCAUCAUCAUCAACUUCUUCGUCAUCAAUACCAUUACUGUCACCGUGACUUUUCAUAUUUUUAAUUUAGUUUUUACUCCAUUUUCUUAAUUCCAAACUAUUUACAUUCUUUCUAGUUUUGUGUAAUCAUUACAUUAAAGAUAAAGGAGAAUGUUUCAAUAGGUAGCUUAAAUGUAUUGAAUAGAUUCGAAUUUUAUUAUUUUUAAACUCAGUUCCAACAGUCCCAACCCCCCCCCCCCCCACA